CGCUCUAUAUAAUAGCUUAUAAAUUAUAUAUGACACAAGUAUAAUUUCUGAAAAUGAUAUUCCUAGGAUAUGUGGUGCACAUUUUGUUGCUGGGACACACAGCCCUGUCUGACACGACCGUCACCAUCUACAACGAAUGGCUUUCCCAAGGGGGUAGAGUCCAUUACGAAUCCGACAGAUGGAACAAACAUAAUGGGCUGGACCGACUCAAUCUUAUCCCUAACUGUAAAGCUCUUGGAACUCCAUCAGGACGUUGGCUGAACAGAGACCUGAAUGACCAUUUUUUUGAAAAUUGGCCAGAGAAUCCAAGCCACCGAGGCUAUCCGAAGCCCAGCUAUGCACAAGACCACGCACUGCAGUCGAAAAUAUGGAGGACAUACAUGGCACAGCGGAAUGGGUACGGCAGUGGUGUUGAUAACUUGGUCUGGGAAAUCAGUGGUACACACUGGCCCAAGUGGAUGGACAGAUCUCAGCAUCAGGGCCAGUUUCCAAAUAAUCUGGACGCUGCAUCAGAGUUUGUGUCGCUGAUGGUUCAGAGUGCCAAGGAUUUCACAGGUGGCCACAUCCCCAACAUAUUUGAAGUCAUCAACGAACCAAAUUCUGACUGGCAGUUCCUGUCUGACAAGACUGUAGUUGACUUCCAUCGCCUUGUUGCCCAGAAGCUGAAGUCUCGCUUUGGAAUGAAGGUAGGAGGACCCACUUAUAAUGGAUACCGCCUUCAGAUGGCCGAUGUUGACAAUUUCCGUUUGUGGAAGAAAACAGCCGAGUUUCUGGACAUGUCUUUGGACCAUCUGGACUUCUUCUCUUUCCAUGCUUACAAUGACCUGCGUGUUUCAGGGGGAAAUCACCGCUUCACUGGCUUCAAUGAGGCUCGAUUUGUUGCUGCAGUUGACAUGGUAGAAAAUUAUUCGCAUAUCAAGAAGGGUAAAAACGUUCCCAUCAUUAUCAGUGAGUUUGGAAGGGACCGGGUUAUGGGCAUAGACCAAUGGUCCCCCAGCGGCCUGAUAGAUUUUUCAACUAUAUACCAACCAAAUGGUUAUAUGUUCACCUUCCUUAACCUCAGAGAGUUCAUAGAUAGGGCCAUUGUGUUUAUAUUGUCCAAUGAGCAAUAUCCAGGGCACACCAGCCUCAACUGGUCCUUGUUCACUGGUGAUGGUCACGAGACUGAAAUGACCAAAUUCUUCAAGUUCUGGAAAUACAUGUACAAUAAUCAGAAGUUCCUUAGGGUCACCAGCGAGUAUUCGGGGUGGCAGAGACAGGUGGCUUCUCUGGCUCUGGCUGAUUCGAACAACAAGGAAAUGACGAUCCUACUCCACAACUAUGGCACCUCUUCGCAGAACGUCAAGCUGGAUUUCAAGAACGGGUGGAUUAAUCCAACAUCUGGUGAAUCAACGUGUAUUCAGUACGAAAACGGGAAGCCCGCAAUGCAUUCUAAUGUCCAUUUUUCCAUCAGCGGGAAGGUUAGCCUCACUGGGGAAUCUACCUGCUUAUACAAGUUCAAAACAAGCUACAACUUCGGAAGCGUGAGGACCAACAAUGAGAACACCUACUACGGUAAGAACAUGAUCAUCCCAAUCAACAACGGCCAAGCACAGACCACAAUCAGUGUACCAGGCUCUGGCUACCAUUCUGCACUGUUGAGAGUUGGGGUGACUCGCAAUAAGAACGCAAAUGGCAAACCCCUCGGCGUCACGUUCAACGGGUUUAAACUACCAUCCACAUACAUGUUGUUCGACGCUGAUAACCCUGACGCUAAAACGCAGUGGCAGGUUUGGGAGUUCUGGGUUCCGGAAAGUCGGGUACAGUCUACAAACACUAUCGCCAUGACAUUCGCAGGGAAUGGAGGAGAGGUGACGUCUGUGGCAUUGGUUGCAGGCAAACUUCAAUAAACCGAUUAUCAUAUC